AUGCUGCCGUACCUAUUCCCCGAUCUGUCCACCUUCACUACAGUCGCCGAUCUUAUCACCCACCUUCGCACUAGUGAUGCUCGCCUGCGUGCCGCCCUUCCCACCGAGUUCUGCGCUAAGAACCCCCCCCCACUGUACUGGACACUCCACUUCAUAGUCACCCGUCUCCCUGACACCCUCCGCUCAGUUCGAGACCACUUCCUUGCUCGCUGUCCCACUGAGCUCACAGUCGCCCUCCUAGAGGAGCACCUGCUCGCGGCCGAAAAGAGCAUUGUAGCUGUUGGUGCUGCUCGUGGCGCUCCUCGCACCCCCAUCUUUGAGGGAUGCUCUCCCUCUCCCCUCGCUCCCUCCUACGCUGCUGCUACUGCUGUUGACUUCCUUGGUGCUGAGUCUGUUGGCGCUGCUUCUACUCCUGGUGGGAGGCGCCGCACCGGCAAGGGCAAGGGGGGCAAGGGUGGUGGUGGUGGCGCUGGGGGGGGAGGAGGUGGGGGAGGUGGGGGGGGAGGCGGUGCUGGAGGGAGCGGUGGCGGGAGCGCUGGUGGGAGUGGGGUCGGUGGUGGAGACGGGGGCGGCGGAGGGACCAGUGGCAGUAGUGGCGGCGGCGGCGGUGGCGGCGGCGGCGGUGGUGGCGGUGGUGGCGGUGGCGGUCGGAGCGGUGGUAGUGGUGGCGGCGGAGGUCGGAGUGGAGGCACUGGCUCUGGCCAGAGCUCCCAGCAGCAGCAGCGUCCCCAGACGACCCAGCAGCUUCGUGAGUGGCUUGCUCAGCGUGGGACGUCGGGGGCCAGUGCCCGCUGUUCUUAUGUCAUUCGCACAGGUGACCGCAAGGGACAGACGUGUGGGAGGUUCCACACCCCGUACCGCUGCUUCUCCCGCCUUGACGACGCUUGGCGUGAGGAGAUGGGUGCGGAUGUUGAGCGCCCCCGCUGGGCUGAGCUCAUGAGGGCUGGUGUUGAUGUCUUUGCUCUUGACUAUGAUGCUAUUAUUGCUGCCAUUGCUGUCCCGACUGGUUUCGAGUCUGCUCUCUCAGGUACAGCACCCACAGAGACUGCUCUCUCAGGUACCGCACCGGCUGAGGCCUGUCACACCUUCACCCUUGACUCAGUCCUUGCCCAGUCCACCACUGUCCUCCCUUGUCCGGCGGUUCCGUCUGGCUCGUUGUCGGGUUUCCACCUCCCCUCGUUCUCGACGAACCUGGUGAGCAACGCUGUCCUCCAGGAUCAGUGGGUUGACACCUUUACCCCUGGCGGACAGCGUGUGGCGAUCUGCACGUGCUCCAGGACUGGCCGUCACCUGGCUACGUUCACCCGUCGGCCGGGGUCGAGUCUCUACACACUGACCACUGCGUCUCCCCAGGUAGCUGCUGUCGGUCAGGUGUCUGCGUCAGGUCUGGUGGCCCACGCCUGUGAGUGUCGUUCCCUGUCGCACCAGACUCUUCUCUGGCACCACCGCCUGGGUCACCCCUCCUUGCCACGCCUUCGUGGCAUGCACCGUCGCCUCCUUGUGUCCGGUCUUCCCCGGUCCCUCCCUCCCCUACCUGCCUCGCCUGCGCCGCCCUGCCUUCCUUGCGUCGAGGGGCGGCAGCGCGCCGCUCCUCACUCCUCCUCGUUCCCCCCGACAGAGGCUCCUCUGGAGACCCUCCACCUGGACGUGUGGGGCCCAGCCCGCGUUCGUGGUCAGGGCGGUGAGCGGUACUUUUUGCUGGUUGUCGACGACUACUCGCGUUACACCACGGUCUUCCCCUUGCGCACCAAGGGUGAGGUCCCUGCUGUUCUGAUCCCUUGGAUCCGCACGGUUCGUCUCCAGCUCCGCCGCCGUUUCCGGACGGAUCUUCCUGUCCUGCGUCUGCACUCUGACAGGGGUGGUGAGUUUUCCUCCGACCUCUUGAGGACCUUCUGUCAGGCGGAGGGCAUCGAGCAGACCUUCACGCUUCCGGACUCCCCACAGCAGAAUGGGGUUGCUGAGCGCCGCAUUGGCCUGGUCAUGGAGGUCGCUCGUACCUCCUUGGUCCACGCGGCGGCUCCCCAUUUUCUGUGGCCGUUUGCUGUCCGGUACGCCGCGCAUCAGCUCAACCUCUGGCCCCGUGUCUCCUUGCCGGAGACCUCGCCCACACUGCGUUGGACGGGGGAGGUUGGCGAUGCGUCGCGCUUCCGGGUGUGGGGUGCUCGUGCCCUUGUCCGCGAUACGUCCGCGGACAAGCUCUCCUCCCGCACGCUUCCCUGUGUCUUCCUUGGCUUUGUCCCUGACGCGCCUGGCUGGCAGUUUUACCACCCCACCUCGCGCCGGGUCUUCGCCUCUCAGGAUGUCACCUUUGACGAGUCGGUCCCUUUUUACCGUCUCUUCCCCUACCGCACUGCCCCCCCUCCCUCCCCCCCGCUUUUCCUUGCUCCUGGUCCCCCUCCGGUAGACCCCCUUCCCCCUCAGGGUCCUGCUCCUUCAGGUGUCUCUCAGGUAGACCCUCCUCCCGUCGCUGAGCCUGUCGAGGUCACAGGUGACUCAGGUGCUGCUGCGGGUGGUGCUGCUGGGAGUGCUGAGCCUGGGGGUGCUGAGCCUGGGGGUGCUGGGCCUGGGGGUGCUGGGGCUGCAGGUGCUGGGACUGAGGGUGCUGGAGCUGAGGGUACGGUGCCUGAGAGUACGGAGCCUGGGGGUGCUGCGCCUGGGGGUGCUGAGCCUGCGGGUGCGGGGCCUGGGAGUGCUGGGACUGCGGGUGCUGGAGCUGAGGGUACUGUGCCUGAGAGUUUGCCGCCUGGGGGUGCUGAGCCUGGGGGUGCUGCGACUGGGGGUGCUGAGCCUGCGGGUACUGAGCCUGCGGGUACUGAGCCUGGGGGUGCUGCUACUGAGCCUACGGAGCCUCGGGUUACUGCGUCUGGGGGUGCUCCGGUUCGGGGUGCUGAGCAGUCUCUCACACCGCAGCAGCUUCGUGACUGGUACGUCCGACGCUUUCGCCGUCCCAGUGGCUCGGCUGGAGUUGGGGGUGCUGGAGCUGCUCGUCCUGGGGGUGCUCGUACUGGGGGUACUGGAGCUGGGGACUCUGGCGCUGGCGGUGCUAGCGGAGUUGGAGCUGCUGACUCUGGGGGUGGCGCUGCUGCUGGUGCUGAGGAGUCGGACGGUGGAGCUGCUGCUGGAGCUGGGGACCCGGCCGGUGGAGCUGCUGCUGGUGCUGUGGACCCGGACGCUGGAGCUCCUACUGGUGCUGAGGACCCGGCCGCUGGAGUCCCUUCUGCUUCUCGAGACGCUGCGCGGCCGCGACCGUACUUCGUACCGCUCCUUCAGCAGGUUCUUGGGCAGGCUCCUCCUCCUUGUCCUCCUCCCUCCGUAGAGUGUCCUCCGCCUGUCCAGCCGCAGUCACGGUUACCGCCUACCUCGCCUCUCCCUGCUCCCUCUCCUUAUACUGGUCCCACAGGAGGUCUUACAGAGCGUCGUGAGCCUGAGUCUCGUCCUGCGUCGCCUGUUCGUCCUGCUCGCACUGCUAGUCGUGUCCGUCGUGAGCGUCCUCCUCCUGUCCCAGGCACUCACUACAUGACUCUGCGUCCCUCUACUGCUCCUCGGCGUGUCCCUCUACCGUCCCCUCCUGCGUCCUCUUUGCCUGCCGUUCCGGACCCUGAGUCUGACCGGUAUCGCGCUGAGCACCCUACAGUCACGCGUCUCCUCGCUACUGUUGUCACCGACCCUACCUUUGAGUCCUCGGCUGCGUCUGCUCUAGUCGCUGAGUUGGUUGACUUUGCUGCUACCUGUCGUCUAGACUACGCUGCUAGCCUUGUUGCUGCGUCAGAGUCUGCGUCUGUCUGUCCUCCGUCCGUCGGGGGUGAGUGUGCUCUUGGCACGGACGUCCUUGAGGACAGGCAGGAGGACUUUGACUCUCUUGCGGCUGCUGUACCUCAUCUCGUGGCCUGGUUGCUUGCCCCUGAGGGAGACCCGGAUGCACUAGACAUCCCCACUCCGCGCACUUACGCAGAGGCGAUCUCGGGUCCCUACUCCUCUCAGUGGCAGACAGCCAUGGACGCAGAGAUGGCAUCCUGGAAGUCCACAGGCACCUACGUCGACGAGGUUCCCCCUCCUGGGGCGAACAUCGUCGAUGGCAUGUGGAUUUUCAGGGUGAAGCGGCCGCCAGGUUCUCCACCUGUCUUCAAGGCUCGUUACGUUGCUAGAGGCUUCAGUCAGCGUCAGGGGGUCGACUUCUUCCAGACCUUCUCCCCCACCCCGAAGAUGACCACUCUUCGGGUUCUGCUGCACGUUGCUGCUCAGCGUGACUACGAGCUUCACUCUCUUGACUUCAGCACAGCGUUCCUGCAGGGCAGCCUGCACGAGGAGAUCUGGCUGCGCCGCCCACCUGGCUUUACUGGGUCGUUUCCCCCUGGUACCCAGUGGAGUCUCCGUCGGCCAGUCUACGGUCUCCGCCAGGCGCCACGUGAGUGGCACGACACACUGAGGACUACACUUGCGGCUCUUGGGUUCGCGCCGUCUACUGCUGACCCGUCACUGUUUCUACGCACAGACACGUCGCUGCCGCCGUUCUACAUUCUCGUGUACGUCGACGACUUGGUCUUUGCUACUGCUGACACUGAGGCACUCGCUCGUGUGAAGUCGGAGCUGCAGAAGAGACACACCUGCACUGACCUGGGUGAACUGCGUAGCUACCUUGGCUUGCAGAUCACCCGGGACAGAGCUCGCCGCACCAUCACCCUGACUCAGUCACACAUGGUGCAGCAGGUCCUUCAGCGCUUCGGCUUCCAGUUCUCCUCACCACAGGCCACACCUCUGGCUACCAGCCACUCGCUCUCAGCUCCACCUUCGGACGAGUCCGUAGAGCCGAGUGGCCCGUACCCAGAGCUUGUAGGCUGCCUCAUGUACCUGAUGACUUGCACGCGACCUGACCUCGCGUACCCUCUUAGCAUCCUUGCUCGUUACGUUGCGCCUGGGAGACACAGGCGAGAGCACUGGGAGGCUGCUAAGAGGGUGCUGCGUUACCUGUGCAGUACAUCAGGCAUGGGGCUGGUGCUUGGAGGACGCGACAGAGUUGUCCUCACUGGUCACUCGGACGCCUCUUGGGUGGACGACCUGGCUACGCAGCGGUCGUCACAGGGUUACACCUUCAGCCUUGGCUCAGGUUCUGUCUCGUGGCGGUCCACCCGCUCUUCCUCUGUUCUCAGCUCUAGUUGUGAGGCUGAGAUCUACGCCACAGCCAUGGCUGCACAGGAGUUACGCUGGCUCACCUACCUGCUGACUGACUUGGGAGAGCGGCCUAGUUCUCCUCCAGUUCUGUAUGGUGACAACAAGGCGGCUCUUGCCUUGUGUCAGGAGCACAGACUGGAGCACAGGACGAAGCACAUUGCUCUUCGCUACUUUCUUGCUCGAGAGCUUCAGCAGCGCGGUCAGCUUCGGCUUGUGUACGUGGACUCGAAGGCCAACACUGCUGAUAUCUUCACCAAGGCGCUCCCGCCUAGUGAUCAUCAGCGGCACUGUUCUUCUUUAGGCCUUGUGUCCACGUUUCCUCACUUGCUCACUGCUUGA